GACCGGCGGUGCUCUCGCGAGAAGUGGAAACUCAGGCGAGCAAGCGGGGGGCGUGACCGGAAGAAGGUUUAUUUCAAAGCGGUAAUAGAUAGUUAUUUUACCCAAUAGAAUUGCAAACGAGCCUCCGAAACCGGUAGAGCUCGGGAGUAAGGGCGGUAGAAGCCAAUAGGGACUGGGAAGGGCGGGCCAGGGCCGGCCGAGCGGAAGUUGGGUCUCCGUGAGGCGGUGGAGUCCUGCCUGAGCGGGUCUCCUUAGCGGCUGAGGGCGGUGGUACGUCCUUGCUCGAGCGCUUCGAAUGUGGCGUCUGCCUGAUCUCACCAACUCCAGGACUUGGAAAUAGUGGACAUCUAAUUGACUCCAGAUUGUAAGCCACAGAUGAGUACUCAGCGGGCGUGAGAGAUUGAGAACAUUCCACCUCCCCAUAAACCUUGGUGUAUAUCACUUGAUUUUCUGUUAAUUGAAGCCAGAGAGCACAAUGAGUACACAUGUGUGUCAGGUGACUCAUACCUCCUGUAAUUCUAGAUCCAGUCAUCUGUCACCCUCUACUGGCCUUUGUGGACACCAGGCAUGCAUAUGGAGAGAAGAAAUCCUCAAAGAAAGCGGCGUGGUGGAACAGUAAGUUCUAGACAAGCCCAGAAGCGAACUCGGGAAACAACUUCAACCCCUGAGAUUUCCUUGGAAACAGAACCCAUAGAACUCGUGGAAACUGCUGGUGAUGAAAUUGUGGACCUCACCUGUGAAUCCCUGGAGCCUGUGGUUGUGGACCUCACUCACAAUGACUCUGUUGUGAUUGUUGAAGAAAGGGGAAGGCCAAGAAGAAAUGGAAGGAGGUUACGCCAAGACCAUACUGACAGCUGUGUGGUGAGCAGUGAUGAUGAGGAACUGUCUAGGGACAGGGAUGUGUAUGUGACUACCCAUACUCCUCGAAGCGCCAGGGAUGAAGGAGCUACAGGACUCAGGCCCCUGGGUACUGUCAGUUGUCCGAUCUGCAUGGAUGGAUACUUUGAGAUUGUGCAGAGUGGACGCCGCAUUGUUUCUACAGAAUGUGGCCACGUCUUCUGUAGCCAGUGCCUCAAUGAUUCCCUUAAGAAUGCUAACACUUGCCCAACUUGUAGGAAAAAGAUCAACCAUAAACGCUGCCACCCCAUUUAUAUAUGAAAUGUUCAGAACUGCUCAGGAUAAACCAAUGGACAGACAGCCAAGCUAGGCUUUCUGCUUGGUAUCUGCCUCCAGUUUCCUGAGCUAAAAAAGACUUUCAAAAAUCAA